GCAUCUUCUUCAUUUUUAUUUAUAAAACCCCACCACCACACUUCAUCUUCAACCUCCACCCACCAUCACCCUCCUCCACCCUCCACCCUCCAUCACCCUCCUCCACCCACUUCAUCUUCACUUCAUCUUUAAGUAUCAGCGGACCCUGCUUCUGUAGGCAGAUGAAUGUAGCAGAUGAAGUUAUUCUGUCGAUUCCAACUGACGCUGCGCGCAAACUAUGGGGUGUUGAUAAAGGCCCUACAAAUGUUAUGAUACAGACUGAGGAUGGCAGCAUGUUUAAUGUUUCUUUAAGCGAAUCAAAAGGAUUGUUAUUCUUUUUCCAUGGUUGGUCCAACGUUGUGAAACAUUUGCGACUAACCAGAGGAAGUUUGGUGGUAUUCAAUCCAGUAGAUUCUACUACUUUCAAAGUAACAUAUUUUCUUGAUGGGGUUAGUGGUAGCUGUUUCUGGACAUAUCUGCUCCAUCCAUCAUCUCAGUUUUAUGUCAUUCCUGAAUGUAUCCUGGUAAAAAAUAAUGAUUAUUCGUCAAAUGAUGUAAUAUUCACUGUAAUGAUAGACAACAAAACAUUUCACGUUAUUAUUGAAACAGCUGACGGUAAAGUCAGUUUUACCGUAGGACUUGACGUAAUUGUUAGUCAAUUACAGUUGGAGGCGGGUUCUUUUUUGUUAUUUACAAAAUAUUUUGGUAAUUUUUUCCAUUUAAAAAUUGUUGGAAAAACGGUGUUGAAAUGAAUUUUCCUGAUGUAGACGUCGAUGAGGUAAGUAUACAUUUUGCUACUUAUUUAUAUAUUUUAUAUAUUGUUAAUCUAAUACAUGUUAUAUUUAAUUUGCAGGCUGAUGUUGCACCUAUCGAUGCUGUAAAUGAUGUUGAUGAACAACCAGGCGGUGGUGUUCUUCAGUUUGUUCGUAUGGCUGGUCAA